UUGCUUUCGUAGCAUCUUCGCCGAUAAAAAACUCGGCCAGUGUUUAAUUUAGUUUCAACACGCUCUUCCACCCGUAACAUUCCAAACAGUGCACCGAAACAUGGAUCCAACCGAUUAUCGUGCACUGCACGAAAGCCUGAUGGAAAACAACAACGGAACUACCGCCAUCAACGUGUUUCUGCACAUCACACCGCCCGUGUUCAGUGUGUUUCACACGGUUCAACUCAUCGCAGUGGCCAGCAUCACACACAUACCGCUUCGAUUUUUGGUCGAGUUUUUCCUUAUCGUGCUGCCGUUCAUAUUGCUUGUCACCGUGCUACACCGGUUAGCGCUUAACAUAACGCUUACGCUGCUCGUCCUGUCCACGAUAUCAGCCGUCCAUCAGAUCCGUCACCGAUUGCACCUGAUGCCGUUUGUACAGGUGCCUGGGAAGUCACCCCAAUUUCUUACCUGUGUCCGAGCGUUGGUAAACCUUACGACGGCCGUCUGCAUACUGGCGGUGGAUUUUCACUGCUUUCCACGAGAGCUUGCCAAAACGGAAACGUUUGGUUACGGGCUUAUGGACAUCGGCGUGGGACUGUACGUAUUCAGCAACGGUAUCGUGUACAGGGUACGUCCCGCUGACGAACGACGUGUGAAUACGGCCAGAGUAUGUAAAGUUUUUUCCGGGACGGCACCUUUGUUCCUUCUCGGCUUUUGCCGCUUUUUCCUCACCAACGAGCUGGACUAUCAACUGCACGUGUCCGAGUAUGGAGUACACUGGAAUUUUUUCAUCACACUCGCGUUCGUGAAGUUUGCCGGUACGCUCAUCAUGGAUCUGAUACAAGAUCCGGAGGUGAUUAAAUUCGUGGCCAUUACGCUGCUCUGCUGCCAUGAAAUGAUGCUUCAUCUUGGUGUAUCUCGAUACGUGCUUAGUGCGGACACGCACCGGACAUCCUUCUUCUCUGCCAACCGGGAAGGAAUCGUAUCACUACCAGGGUACCUUGCUCUGUUCCUUGCCUCCGUGUACAUCGGAUGGGUUGUACGACCCUCGGAUGAGAUAACGCUGGCGAAGAAGUUUCUUCGGCGAGCGGCCAAAAUUGCCAUCAUAGCCGUUGUCUGCUGGAAGAUGAUCUACGUAUGUGAGGACAUGUUCGGAAUUUCGCGCCGUCUCGCCAACAUGGGCUAUUGCUUCUGGAUAUUGGCGAUCGGGAGUAGCGUGACGGCGCUGUUUAUGUUUUUCGAGCUAUUCGUUUACUUUGUCCGGUUCGAGGAACCGAAAUCGCCGGACCAGAUUAUGAAGACGGAUGAUUUCUGUAUUCCGUACGUACCGCUCGUGCUGCAAGCGAUAAAUGCGAACGGGCUGUUUUUUUUCCUCAUCGCAAACCUACUCACCGGACUGGUGAAUCUGGUAUUUCAAACGUUCCUGCUGGGAAGUGCAGCUGCCCUCACGAUCAUCGGUUAUUAUAUGUUUAUGGUGUGUGUAGCGGUAUGCUUCCUGUACGUUAAUAAUGUUAAGUUAAAGAUAUGGUAAUACGCCACGUUUGUGGUAUUUAUUCACAUCCAAAAAGUCCGUUCGCGAACAAUCUAGUCAUAAUGAUGGCCAUUUGGUUAUAGGCAUAGGCAAAAGGAUUCAUUAAACUAAAAUUAUUUAACGAUACAUUAGGCUUAAAAUUUAACUCAUAUUGAACACUAGCGGACAUACAGCACCAUCGUCAUCAAAAUCGCCUUCGAACAGAAUAAAGUGUAAUCGAGUGUAAAGUAAAACACAGUUGUUGGUAAAAUG